AUGGCGACACAACACCAACCCUCCCUCCUGCAAUAUGCCCGUUUCCACGGUAUCGCAGUGCCCGCCAAAGAUCCUCUCUCGUAUCUGCGAACGAGCACCUUCUACUCCCGUCCUAUCGACAGAGCACGCGCCAAAGGAGAAUGGUGCCUCGAAUCAGAGAAACUCGAGAUUCGUCGCCCUGAAGCUGCUCUCGUGUCGAGUAUCAUUCGAAGCAAAAACCAGGACGGCCAGAUCAACUGGGAUGCUCUCUUGCCAUCUAAAAAACGCGAUGAUUCCCUCAAACUGGAUCUGCUCCUCACAGCAGAAGCAGAGUCGGUGCUUUCAGCACCAGUAUCUCGUCUGGGCGAUCUCGAUGUGGGAGCGUUGCUUCCUCCUGCUAUCUCUCCGUCUUAUCCCAGGGAGUACCAGGGAAUGAAGGACACAAUUGAUCGAUGUACGGCGCAGAUGAUGUCGGAGAGGCUUGAUUGCAGCAAAGAGGCUCUCGUCUUGAUACCCAGCGGAAGACGGUUGUCCAAGGGGGAUAUAGAAGUGUAUUUUCGAACCAUGAUGUUGCAGAGGCGGGUCAGUAUCUUUUAUCGCUCUCCAUUUGGCAGUUCACUCAUCAGUGGUAUAGCACGACUCAGGUAA